AUGCAGCUCAUAGAUCCAGUCCUCUCAUCAAGACUCAAUUCAACGUAUGACCAAUAUCUGAAAUUUUGUCCUAAUGGUGCUUCACCCAUUCACUCAAAUCCAUCACUCACUAAUUCUCAGAAGAUACGAUAUAACACCCUCAAGAAAAAGGGAAAGUAUAUGUUGGUUACCAAUACCAGACAGAUACAAGAUCACCUACCCGACUUACUCAAUACGAUUAUCAUCCUAAUAGACUAUCUCGGUAAAGAUCAAUUGCAUUUAUCGAUAUUGGAAGGACCUUCAUCCGACUGCACCCCUCAGAUCAUCCAGAAUGUCUUAAUUCCCUUACUACAAUCUUUGGAGGUACCAGAUAAUCAAGUCAAUAUAGUAACGGACGAACCCAAGAUCCACUGGUCAGAUCAUAAUAGGAUAGAGAAAAUAUCUGAACUUCGUAAUAGGGCUUUGGAACCUCUAUGGCUCAACUCCAAUUGGAAGAAAGAAAUUAGCAGUGUGGUUUUUUUCAAUGAUGUUUAUCUAUCUGCUUCAGAUGUGUUGGAAUUGAUAUAUCAGCAUGAUAAUAAUGGAGCGAGUAUAACGACGGGUAUGGAUUGGUGGAAGAAAAGACCAGAGUAUUAUUAUGAUAUAUGGGUAGGACGGACUAUCGAUACGGGAGAUUUAUUCUAUCCAAUAGAUAAUCCAUGGUGGACUCCAUCCUCAAAUCUAUUCCAUAAUUCCCCAAAUUCCAAGACGAAGUAUAACAAAUUACAACCAUUCCAAGUUUACUCAUCUUGGAAUGCCUUAGCCAUCUUAUCGCCCGAACCUUCCCUACCACCUUAUAACGUACGGUUCAGAAGAGGUGAUAAGGCGAAAGGGGAAUGCGCUGCUAGUGAAUGUACCCUUGUAGCGAGCGAUUAUUGGAAGGCUGGGUUUGGGAAGGUUAUGGUAGUACCGAGUGUUCAAUUGGCAUACGAAAGGGAUGUAGCCUCUGAUAUAGUAGAUGACAUGACUAAGCAGAAAAAAAUAUUAGGUUGGAUAGACGGUGUACCGCCUAAACAAUCAGAUGAUAAAGUAGAUUGGAUAAACAAACCCCCAGAGAAAGUACGUUGUCAUCCAUGGCCCGAGACUAAUGGAUUAAGUGCGAAUGUAUGGGAAGAAACUAGAUGGGUUGAUCCUUGGCUUGACUAA